AUGGCUGCGCCGCCCAGCAAGUCUACCCAGGCUCCCAAGCCUAUCACCCCCUCGUCGACUGCGAGCAAUGCAUCCGCUAGGCUGGAGAAGUCCCACCCGGGUGUUCGUCGCUCCACUCCGGAUUCCGACGCCCUGGCAUCGUCUGACGAUGAUGGAGAUCAUUCGCAACUCGCGUCGUCCUCGAUGAACGUGCCUCCACCGAAGCCUGCGCGUCGUACCUCGUGGCUGAAUGAAAUCCCGGCCAACCCCCCUCGCAAGGCCUCGCUGCCGGCCACGGGACCGCUGUCGUCCGGUGCUUCGAACCCGACGAGCCCAGCGACCGAUCAGACCGGUUGGCCCACGAACACGACCCCCGCCAUGGUCAGCUCGAUCGGUUGGAACCAUGUUGGAAGCGGCUCGUCGCCGUGGGGCACUGGCAUCUGGAACACCGAGUCGCGCAAAGAACCCCCGCCCCGGCUGGCUGAGAUCAUUCCUUCGCCAACCAUGACCAACCCCCCCGCGGCGGGCAACUACUUCAACGAGGAGCUGUUGAGCCCGACCGCCCGCACGGCGUCGGGCGAUUCGGCUAUUCCGUUUUCCAUCCCCCUCCACCCGACACCCAAGACCUACCGUUCGCAGUCAUAUUCGGUCGGCCAGCUCGACCCGGAAUUCCUCAACUUGGUGUCCACCAAAUCAGCCACCCAGCCCCAGCCUCAGCCUCAACCCCAACCCCAUAAUCAGCCCCAACCCCAGCACCCCAGCGGUCGACCCCGGAAUGGCCAGUUCUCCGCCCUCCAACAUCGCUCGUCUCGACCGAGUCUGCUAGGGGAGCUCGGCCACGACCCCGCGACGCUGGGUCGCGUGCGCGAGGACGAGGACGAUGGCGGAAGCCCCAGCGGAUCGGACCGGAGCUCCAACCACUAUACCAUGAGCCAGGCCCGUACCAUCGAGCAGCUAUCCCGGGAGAACGCGCUCUUGCGACAGGCCGCGGGGCAGUUGGACAGCGGUGGUAUGUCGUCUGCCGCAGCGACGAGUGGUUAUGUCGCCGGCCCCAAUGCCGGCAUCCACAACAUCCAUCGCAUCCGUGGGAGCGUCCCCGAAGAGACCGAUCUGGCGGUGGAGGAUUUGGACGAGUUGGGGGAUAUCCCUGGCUACAGCAAUAUCCACAGCAACACCCGGAGGCGCUUCUCGGAGCACUCUGCCAACCUGGAGAGGCAGCUCCCAGCAUUCGCACCCCUCGGAAACCGCGCUCUGGAGAAUAUGCGCAAGGCCCACUGGCAGACGUCCUUGGACUUCGGAGGCGUGGCCGAUAUUCCCCAGAGUCGACGGCACUCGUUUGCCGACAUCCCGAUCCGCCACACCUCCGUCUCUGGCGAGUCCCAAGCGCCCCCGGGCCCGAGACCGGGGAUGGGGGACCGGGACGAUGGCUUUGCCGGCAUGGGGGAGAAUCCCCUGUCGAGCGCACAGGUCCAGAACCGUGAGUAUCAACGCUUCCAUGUGGCCCCUCUCCCGGAGGAGCAUGAAUUGGAGACGGAAUAUUUACGAGCUCGUCGGUUUGCAGAGUCUUAUUUUGCUCGUGACCACGCUCUCCGCGCGGCCGACGGACCCGCCGCCGUACCCACCUCCCUCCACCAGGCCUAUGCCAUGCCCUACGGCCGGCACCAACCGGGGUUGGGCCACCCGCACCAUAACCAACUCCUGUACAUCGUGACCUUCAAAUGCCACCGCGCGGACGUUUUCUACAUCCAAGAAGAUACGGGUCUCCAGGUGAAGCAGGGCGAUCUGGUCAUUGUCGAAGCCGAUCGCGGGACGGACCUGGGGACCAUCCAACAUGCCAACAUUUCGAUGCAGAAGGCCCGUGAACUGAAGCAGCAGUACGCUGAAGAACAUUAUAAAUGGUUGAUGAUGUUUUCUCGGCAGGGCCAGAGUAACGGAAGUCCUGGUGCCGCCAACGCUCCGGGCGCCGGCGCCGGCGGUAGUGUCCCCAGCUUGAGCGGCAGGAGUGCCAUUGGCGGCAUGGGACCCCAUGGUCCCCAUGCGGCGCAGGAUACCGUGGCCGAUAUCAAGCCAAAGCUGAUCAAGCGACUGGCGCAGAAUCACGAGAUCCUGACGUUGCGCGACAAAGAGGGCAACGAAGCCAAGGCGAAGCGCAUCUGUCAGCAAAAGGUCGUGGAGCACCGACUCAACAUGGAGAUUCUCGAUGCGGAGUUCCAGAUGGACUGGAAGAAGCUUACUUUCUACUACUUUGCGGAUUCCUACAUCAAUUUCAACGCGCUCGUGACCGAUCUGUUCAAGAUCUACAAGACCAGAAUCUGGAUGUCGGCCAUCAAUCCGGCGUCCUUUGUCACUCCACCCUCCGCAGGUCUGCAGCCGAACCCGUUAUAUACCCCGGAGGCGCAAACAGAGCGUCCCCACCCUCAUGAGGGUCGCGCCUAUGGUCACGCCAGAGACGGUGUCGAUGCCGGACGAGAGGGCGGUGCCAGCCAGAUGGGCAUGAUGCGGAACGCCUACGUGGAUUCGUAUCAGCCGUUUGGCCACAGCCCUCGGCAGCCGGAGCCCGGACUGGGAGGACUUGCGUCUGCAGACCCUUUCUCUCCACCCGCAUACAACCCGAACGCCUACGGUGGCUUAGACUCGAGCUAUGGCGAUUAUGCCGGUCCCAACGGCCCCAGCCCUGGCCCUUCACGUCUCCACCCCACGGCGGGGGAUUGGACCAGUCGAUUCCAAGGAUUAUCCCUGGGGUCUUGA